UAUUCGUUACGUAGAGGCAGGUGCGCAAAAGCGAUACGUGCAGAACAGGUGAUACAUACAACCGAUGUCUCGUGAUUCGUAUUGUCGAAUCCUACGUUUUUAAUAACUUGCAAUCGUCAUUGAUAAAGAUUGCAUACAUCGAUGAAAAGCGAUUUCAAUAAAAUUGAAAUCAUGACAAACAACAGAUAAAAUCAUUUUCGAAAGGUGCUCCACGUACCUAUUAUAACUCCUUUAACUCUGACAAAGAAUGGCAUUUCCACCACUGGUUAGUUCUACGCCUCCACCACUUGAUAAUUUUGGGGAUUCUGAAGAAGAUGAAUUUGGAGAUUUUACUACCGGAGGCAUAGAUGGGCUAUCCGUAUCAUCGGAUUCACCACAGAAGCCAAUCACACCAAUUCAGACACCGCUAACAUCUCAAAAUCCUUCGCCAAAAGUAAAUGGUGUUCUAGAAAAUGAUAAUAAUCAAUCAAGCAUACAUGUGAAAACAACAGUUCCAGAAGAGUUUUUAAUACUUGAGAAAAUAGAUGAAACUAUAAGCAACAUUAAGCUAAAGACAAAAGAUGAAAAUAUUUACGAAUCGCACGAUAGGAAAAAGAAUGUAGAAAAUGCGAACAUAAGUAGUAGUAGUAGUAGUAGUAGUAGUAGCAGUAGUAAUAGUACUAGUAGUAGCAGCGAAGACGCCACGGAAAAAGGAGUUAAUUUAACUAGUGGGAGCAGUAGCUUUGGAGGAAGCGAACAAGAAACAUCUCCUAACCAUUUAGAAGAUAUAGAACCUUUAAGUCUAGAUUUAGGAGAUCCAUCUGCUGCUGCUGACACGGUGCAAUCGAUAGACGAUGAUUUUUAUGACUAUGAGCAAUUUGAGGAUUCUCAAAAUUGGGUUCCUAACAACGAAGAAUCCACAGGUGUUUCCAACACAGAUUAUUUUAAGUUUCAAGAACCUGAAAACAUUACAAAUAAUUUAAAUGCUUUAAACAAAGAUAUUAAUGUAAGUGAUAAGAAAGAUGUAAAUUUGAAAUUCGAACAGUCGGUUGAAGAAUCAAAAUUAGAUCAUUGUGUAGAAAAUGAAGAUGUGCCUACCGAAGAAAAUGUUUUUGAAUUCAAGGUGAAUGAUCCGAAAUUCAGCACUACUGAGAAUCCAGUUUUUCAUGAUUCUAGUAAUGAAACUUUCAAUGAAACUAUCAAUGAAAAUGAAAAUGAAAAUGAAAAUGAAACUGAAGUUGCCGAAGACUUGCACGAGUUCAUUGAAAAUGAAAAUAAUACAGUUGAAAAUAAUUUUUUAUCUUCUGCACCUUUAGCAAACGUUUCAAAUUGUCCGAGCGAAGAAUUCGCAGUAUUUGGAACUUCAGCUAAAACUUUCCAGCCAGAAUUUUCUAAUUGUUCAACUGUAGAAACAAAUGAGAAAAAAAAAGAAACAAUGGGGGAAGAUGAUGAUUUUGGUGAUUUUACGAACUUUGCGAAUCAAACGCAAUUUGAUGAAAAUGUCGAUGAAACGAAUGUACCUGAUAAAGAUGACGAUGAUGAUUUUGGUGACUUCAAUGACUUUGAAUCAGCUGUUGAACCAGCUGUUGAACCAGCUGUUGUAGAACAACCACAAUUUAGUUUGAAAGAGUCCAUUUGUCGGAUAGAAAAUAAAAAUGCUGCUAAUAAAAUAGAAGACAUAAUAACAACAAUGUUUUCAAUGGAUGCAAACCAACUGGAAAUUGAAGUGCAACCCUUGAUAAGCGAAACGGAUAAAGUCUGGAAAAGCAUAAAGAAUGUUGAAGAAACAAAUGCUUUAACAUAUCAAUGGGCAAACAGUAGCAGUAACAAAAUGCUAUUAAACUCCCUUGGCAUUGACUCUCGUAAUAUUUUGUUUGGGCCAAGGUGGAAUCCAAACGUUCCCAGAUUUGCUGCAAACCUUGGUUUUACUCCAUUAGAACCAAUCAAAGCCACAACUGACAUUCAAUCAGCUACUACUUCAAAUAUCAAUAAAACUCAAACUUCAACAAAUUCAGAAGAAGUACCUGCUGCUCAAUUUGAUUGGAAUAGUUCUGGGCUUGUUAAUCCUUUAGAAGCUAGUGGUGGGUUAUCCGCUCUUCUGCCUCUGGACUUUCUGUGUCCUUUCGAUCCUUUACUAACAUCCCACAACUCCAACAAUUCUGAAUCCUAUCGUCGACCAAGUAGCGCAAGGAAUCCUGCUAAUCACCAUAUCACCGAAAUGAAUAGGGAGAGAUGCAACUCUGUUUCCAAAGUGGAGACGAUAAAUCGUUUGGAAGGUGAUGGUUUGAAAUCACAGAAACGUUCACAAACGUCAAAGAUAAUCGAGCCACUACCAGCAGCUCCUCGUACAACAGAAUGGAAGAGAAAAGGGGACUUUGAGUCAGGACAAAAAGUGAGAAGCAGCACAGGUGGCCAGAGAAGUGUUCAAACGGAAAAGCAGUGCUUACCCAUGGAUAAGCAAUUCUUAACGAAUGAGAGGCAAUACGUGUCAGCUGAGAAGUCGUCAACUUUAGGAGAUAGCUAUCGUGGGAAGUCGAUGAACAAGAGAACAACCUCUGAACAUGUGGUGAUGGACAGAUUUGGUCGAGCCGUACCAAUCCAAGCGGAAACGGCAAGAGUAUUGAAUCGUUUGCCAGAUCUUUCGUUUCUCAGCGCUAGAACUUUAAUGCUCGAUAGAGAGCAGAAGCAACUUGCCUGUGAAAUGGGUAUCAUGAGUCGUAAGAUGCCUGGCUGAGUAACGUCGGUCUGAGCGCGAGUUUGAAAGGUCAGAACAUUCGAUAAAUCUCUGUCCUGUGGACGUAUCGACGAGGCAUAGAAACGAAGGAGAAAAGAUGUUCCGUUAACCUUUCAAAUCCGCGCUUGGACCGACCUUCGAUUCAAACUUUUUCCCCCCUUUGUAAACACUGACUGAUAAUGUAUUCUGUACUCUCUACUUCCCGUCGUGAAAUAAGGAUUCUGUAUGGAGUAUACGAGGUAGAAAAACGUCUAUCUUCUAUACUUAGAAAGAAAGAAAGAAAGAAAGAAAGAAAGAAAGAAAGAAAACAGACAGAAAAAAUAGGGACAAAACACUCCACAGUAAAGGUUAUUGUUUUUGCACGAUAAGAACAGUGAAAUAGAAUAUUGUUACUUCGUUCACGAAAUGGAGUCAUGGUCCUUUGUUGUGUAUAGUUAUAUAAAAUCGAAGUUUCUUUUAUUCAGUUUCACUGUUACUCACUUACUGAUAUAAACAUCACUUAAAACAUGUGAUAUUCAAUUUAUGUAUAUUAUUUGCUAAUAUGUUUUUUAAUUUUACUUUAUCUUUCCUUAUUUUCUUAGCUUUAAACGAGACGCGGACCAAUUUAUAGUUUAUCGUAUUGCGUAUAGUCAAGUAUUAAUUGACUUAACAGUAUUUAAAACGAUCAUCGUUUCAAUUGUAUUUUAUCUGAUUAUUAAUUGAAAUUAUGAUGAUAACAAGAGGUAGAUGGGUUACUGUCACUGUAUUAUUGUAUCUGGUAUUCGUAAAUAUUUAUAAUCGGCUAACAUCUUUCUUGUUUUUAUUAUUUCUAUUAAUGCCUCCAAAUUGUUUCAUUAAGAAUAUGUUACUAUAUAUUGAAACUAUUAAGUUCGUUGUUGAUCGAUGUGAUUUAAUACAAUGUGAUUUUAAGUGUUCAGCCAGUUAUUUAUGCAACCUAUAGGAUUUAUAAAAUUAUGUACUUAAUGUUUUAUACAAUUGACUCUAUUCCAUGAACAGGCACAAUGAUGUGCAAGUUAGUGGCGCAGCCAAAAAAUUUCUCAUGAAACCAUAUAAUGCCACACGAUGUAUAUACAUAUAACGUAUGCAAAUAAAUAAAUGUAUGUUACAAGUUACCCAUAUUUUUGGCUGGAAAAAGACUUUUAAAAAACAUUUGGAAACUCUUCUUAUAAUUAGAAAUUAGAAUGAUUAUACUUAGUCUCCAGUUUUCUUGUUUACUAAAAGUGCUACUUUAUACUUAAUUUUUACACAGUAUUAAAUAGCUAGAUUUUUACAACAGAAGAUUAACUCAUGGUCAGAAAGAUAUUUCUACAUCCUUUAGGUCUUUAUAAUGUAUUUUAAACAAAUCAUUGAAAAUGUGUAUUUUUAAUUUAUGUAAAAGGGGGGUAAUUACCAAUAAUAAUGAAUCAGUAACUA